AGUUAACACUUUAUGGGUCACUUAAUCGGCCACAUCCACCGCCCCACACCUUACCCCGACAUUCCCUACAUUUGUUAAUCAUGGGAGACACACCACCAUCUUCAAUAUCAUUACCUUCUCGAGGGGUCCACUUCGCGUCAUCGGACUUUGCACGGAUGUCCGACUCUGAGGCGGCUGAGGCCCAAGCUCCUACAAACGGCGUGCUGCAGACCUAUUCGCGGUCGAACGGAGACAGAAAUGUCGACUCGCGCGCCCACACGAACGGUGCGCUGCGGCUACGAACUCACAGUAUUGGAGACGAAGUAGAGGAAGACGACGACGACGAGGAUCUCGAUGGUGGUAGUAAUGGUGGUGGUGGUGGUGGUGGUGGUGGUGGCUCUACCUUUCCGUGGACGAGACCAAGAAAUGGUAGUGGAUCUGCAUACCCGGCAUCUGGCAGGCUCUCUCCAGAACCACAACAAAAUCCAACCCGUCUGCAGCGACCCGCUGCGCCAGUGCGGACACCGUCAAGCACCUAUGCUCCUCUACGCCACCCCGUCCCUACCAAUUCGCGGUCGUCGCGCUCGGAUCGCCCUCCACGUCGAGAUCCAAAUGCCCUAUACCGAUCGCAAGAGAAGGCAUACGUACAGAAACUACGACAGAACGCCGACAGAGGAGACUAUUUCAAUGGCAUGGAGAUGUUCUACCAGGUGGGCGCGGAGUUGGAGGAUGAAUCGCCGUCGGAUAUUCAUUUCGACAAUGACCAAUACGAUGGCGACACGUUGAUGUACUAUGCUCAAGACGAUAUGGAGCCGUCGGCGGAAGACCUGAAGAUCCCCGCAAAUCGAGAACGGUUGGAGUGGCAUAGCAUGCUGGCCUCGGUACUCAUGGGGGAUGUGGUCGCGCAAGAAAAGCGACGAUUGAUCGGAUCGACGGAGGAGCAAGAGAGCUCGACCAUGCGAUCCGAGUUAUUCCUCGGGAUGCGCGCGCGAGUGUGUGGGCGGUCGAUUUCGGCUCAGCGGCGGAUGGUCGACGAUGGUCGGUCCAAGGCGGAUGCGUUGAUCGAUGAGGUGAUAAACUUCGAGAUCCGAGGGAAAGAUAAGACGGAUAAAACACCAAACGAGCAGGUGCAGGAUAUCCUUCUGCGCUGGGAAAGAUGCGAGCAGCUCUGGCCGUCGAGGGCAGCCAUGGCGGAGGCAAAGCCGAACUGUACCUCCCAGAAUCUCCUAGCAAGUCUGGAUGCUAUCGUUUCCUGGAACAAUAUCACUCAACUCAUCAAUACCGAACUCCUCAUCUUGCAAAACUGGGUCGGCAACGAAGAUCUCGACCUCCGGUGCCUUUCCGUCGCUGCAAACAACGAGGUUGCCGGGAUUGAUCACGAGGCUUCGUUCCUGGACCGCAUACUCAAAGACGACAACCUGAAAUCAUUGACUGGCGAAAGCAAUAUGUUGAUCGGCCUUGCCUCGGUAAUCAGGAAAGCCAAAGCCACUUUGAUCGAGUACUCCCAAGCUUUUGAGAAGCGUCAUCUCCCACCAUAUGUAGAAGAGCUCCUGGUGCUAAUUGGAUUCCCAACGCGUCUCAUCGAAGAAGUCAUAGGAAUGCGACUGAAGUAUGCCGAAAGGAUGCGCGAGCCAGUGUCCAUGAUGGCGGACCAGCUGAUAUCGCAAUUCCAGUCAGUGUUGCAGCUUGCGGUGAAGAUCAAGCAGGAAUAUAACGAGAUCUCUCAACCUGAGCCAGGCUGGGAUCUGCCACCAUGCAUGGACGAGAACUUUGAACAGGUCGUGCUGCAAGGUUUGAAGUAUUACUUCAAACUCAUCGGAAUGAGAAUUGGUUCCAACCGGAAUACUUUUAAGGAGGCCGAAAUCCUCGAGACCGAGUGGCAUUUCUCGAACGAGAUUGGCCGGUUUAUCGAGGGAGGCGACAUCGAAGUAGCUGAGCACUUCAGUUCUUUGACGAGCAAGCUCUUGAGUCGGCUUAUGCUACACUUCGACAAAGAGCUCCAGAAACCGCCGGAGAAGAAAGGUGACGAGCUUAGCAAGCGCUACAAGUCUAUUCUCGACUCUGUUCGUGUUCGCCAACGAAAACUGUUUCGAUUUGCACGCCUCCUGAGCCAGCGCUUCGAGAACGCGACCGAGUACAGUGUGGAGAGGUCUAAGUUGCGAACGUUGGUGGCGGCCUUGGUCGAAGCCAAUUACUUCGUAGUCGUCACUCCCGGUGUUGAUCACGAAGGGGUGUACAUGAUUGCGGAUCCUUCGCUUUAUGAUCGCCCGCAUCAAAUACAGUCGAUUCUACGAACAUGCUAUCACGAGGAUGUUUCGAGGGACGAUAAUAUGUGCUCCUACGUGCUGCUCAUAUCACCCCAGGAGAGUCUGUCGUGGGAGGGGAGGGUGAUGAGAAUUGAUAUGAAGGAGCCGAUUGUCGAUAUCAAACCAGGGCGACUGCGUCUCGUGGCCGACGGAUCCGAGCAGCGUCUUGCCCAUGCACGGAUGAAAUUUGCUCAGCUCGAUCACGAUCUAGACAUCCUACUAGAGCGUCGUGCUAACCUGCCACGGGUGAACCAAGAGUUGAUGAAGAUCAAAACAACCACAUAUCGUCUCUCAAAUACUAUUAUGGAUAGUGUGGAGAAAAUCCGUCGGCAAACUAUGGGUCUGGGUUGUCAGGAACUUAUCCAGACCUGUUUUGCGUUUGCAACUGAGUUCGGACAGCGUUCACAGACGUACAUGGACAUUAAUUGGAAAACAAGGAACAAUAGCAAGCUCACACGACUAGCGGUGGAUUGGGUCAGCUUCAUCUGUGAUGACUGUGUGGCCCAGCACCGACUCACAUUCAGAUGGGCCGUUACAGCGCUGGAGUUCUGUAUGGUGAUGACGCGUGGGCAAAACAUCCUUUCGUUUAACGAGCAGGAGUAUUCCAGACUCCGAGCAAAGGUGGCGGGGUGCAUGUCGCUGCUGAUUUCGCAUUUCGACAUCAUGGGUGCGCGAUCGACCCUCGCGGCUCAAGCAGAGAAGCAGAAGAUGGAGGCACUGGCCGGACAGCUCAAAAAGAUAGAUGUAAGCAUGCUGUUGGAGGAUAACGAAGCGUCCGAUCACAUCCGACAAGAAUGGCUGCGGAAACUAGACGAGAUCGAAGGCGCCCGUAAAACCAUCCAGGCUGAACGUCAAGCUCUCGGACGUGUUCUGGAUGACAGCAAUCAGACGGAUCGGUCGUUGACGUAUCUUUCGAAAUCGUCGUUCUCGAAUGUCUCACUACGAUGGGCACAAGGCGAGUUCGUUGGCGGCGGAACCUUCGGUACCGUUUACAUCGCAAUGAACUUAGACUCCGGAUAUCCGAUGGCAGUGAAGGAGAUCCGACUGCAAGAUCCACAGGUCAUCCCACAAAUCGCCACAGCCAUCAGAGAUGAGAUGAUGGUGCUAGAGUUGCUUGACCACCCCAACAUCGUGCAGUAUUUCGGAAUCGAGGUGCACCGGGACAGAGUGUAUCUUUUUAUGGAAUUUUGUUCUGGCGGAUCCUUGGCUUCACUGCUGGAACAUGGACGGAUCGAAGACGAGACAGUUAUCAUGAUUUACACUCUUCAGAUGCUCGAGGGUCUUGCGUACCUACAUGAGAACAACAUUGUGCAUCGUGAUAUCAAGCCAGAAAAUUUGCUUCUCGAUCACAAUGGCAUUAUCAAGUACGUCGAUUUUGGAGCGGCAAAGAUCAUUGCGAAGCAAGGAAAGACCCGUGGUGGCGUGGCUACUGCCGCCACACGGACGAACCUGAACAGCAUGACCGGAACACCUAUGUACAUGUCACCCGAAGUCAUCACGGGCAGCAACAGUGGUCGACACGGUAGUAUCGACAUUUGGUCGCUCGGAUGCGUCGUCCUCGAAAUGGCCACGGGCCGUCGCCCUUGGGCAAAUCUCGACAACGAAUGGGCGAUCAUGUGGAACAUCGCGGCCGGACACCCGCCACAACUUCCAUCGGCCGACCAACUCUCGGAGUUAGGCAUCGACUUCCUUAAGAAAUGUUUCGAGCGCGAUCCUCGCAGUCGUUCGUCCGCCGCCGAGUUGCUGCAGCAUGACUGGAUCCUCCACAUCCGCAAUCAAGUCAUUGAGCCCGGUACACCGUCGUCCGAGAGUUCGAGUACGAGCAGUCGUGGUUAGUUCUUGGUUGUGUGCGGGAUUCACGCACACAAUUGGGAGGUUGAAGAUAAAGCCAGGGGAGUAGGGGAGAAUACAGGUUUUUGUUGAACAUUGGAGGGUUUUGAUUUGCUUUGCAUUUUGUUACUUCUGCGGAUGAUGGGGAGGGAGAUUGUCUUUUCUGGGUUUGGAGAACAUUUAUUGCUAUCGUUUUUUUUGGGAUGAAUUACUCUCUUUCAAACACCGAGUAUUAUUGAACUUGAACUUAAUCUAUGAAACCUGA